ACCCUUGAAUUCCCCAACUCCAUUGCUAACGGUAUUGCCCAUACAUAGUUGAAUCAACCCACAUAGAGAAAAAGAGAGAUGGCGACAACAAUCCAAGGGAAGGUGAGGCCUGCCCAGAUCAUGGCGGUUGCCCUACUCUUUUUCCUCCUUUCUGCCUCCUCCAUGGCCCAAGACUGCAAAGGAAAGAGCUCAUGGCCGGAAUUAGUGGGACUGUAUGGACAGAUCGCUCCUCUCAUCAUCAAAGCUGAGAAUCCUUAUGUGAAGGAAUCUUUCGUUAUUAAAGAAGGCACCGUCGUUCCUUUGGACUUCCGCUGUGACCGUGUCCGCGUCUGGGUUAAGCCCAACGGCAUCAUCUACAAGCCCCCCACCAUUGGCUAAACCAUUAAUGUCUUUCAUGUGAAGAUCUUGGCUUGUUCUUAAUAAGGUGGCCUGCAUGUAAGGCUCUUAUGCAAUAACAUAUGUACUUGUCAUUCAUAAAUAAAUAAAUAUGUCAUAGUUUAAGUAUUCCUGGGGAUCUUCUGGUCGCUAG